AUGGGUUCCAAAAUUAUAUUUGCCAUUUUAGAACUUAUCCAUUUAAUACCCAUCAUUGGAAAAACUAUCUUUAACCAAUUAAAUAAAACUUAUUUUUACAUACAAACUACUUUUAUCCCGUAUGCAUAUUUGCUAAAGGUUUGUUUAGAGCAAUAUUUUUGGAACAUUGUUUUGCAAUUAUCCAUUAAUAAUGCCAAUGUUUCCAUAGUAAUUACUGGUGAUGAAUAUUCAGCUGCAAUUUUUAAAAAACAUAGUGAAAAAGAAGAGGAGUUUAAAGGAAUAACUAAAAAAAUAUUUACCACUGACUAUGAUACUGAAGGUAAUGCCAUUUUUAUAAGCAACCAUAGGUCAAUAUUUGAUUAUCUGAUUAUAAAUCAUAUUGUUCAAAAAAACCAGCAAUUGGAGUGUUUUUCUGAUUUUUAUUCCAAAAUAGUUAAAAAUGGAAUGGUUGAUGAAACAAAGUUUAUUUCUUGGAGCAGUAUCAACAGUAUACCGAAAUUAUCGACUCUAUUUAGAACGAUUUCCCGUGAUGAAAAUUGUAAAAUCACACCUAAAAGAAUCAGUGAAAAAAUAAUGAAAAAUAAUUUAUCAAUAUCCACAAAAAAUGAACUAACUCAUCGUUACAAUUUUGUUAUAUUUCCCGAGGUUAAUAUCUUAACCAACGAGGUUAAAUUAAUUCAGAAUAAAAUAUGUACACAGAGCAAUAUUAAAAACUUUAAUAAUUUAUUAUAUCCAAGGUUUAAAAAUUUUUGUGCAAUAUUAAAACUAUUCAGGUACUAUAACAAACUAAAAGAAGAAACUGAAAAAAGUAAUAAGGAUAAAAAAAUAAUAUUGAAAGAGGCAUCUGUUACCAAAGAUAUUCUUCCAUCCAAAAAUUUAAAUAAAACAGCAACAAGCUUUUCUAAAUGGUUGUAUGAUAUUACCAUUGUUUAUUAUCAACCAAUUCUAGUUAAAAAAAUUGAUGAGGAAAAGGAUCAAAGUUAUUACAAAUUACUGCAAAUAACACCAUCAUUUUUACAAAUGAUAUCAAAAUCGAAAGAAAAUAUGCCGAUUAUUGUAAGAGUGAAUAUCCAAAAAAAGGAUAUAACUAGGUUAGUAAAAAUGAAGGAAAAACAAUGGGAAAAAUGGUUAGAAAGCGAAUGGAAAGAGAAGGAUAAACUUAUAGAUAUAUUUGAAACCAAUAUAAAAUUAAUUAAUGAAUGA